UUGUUUUGGUAUGCGGAGCGGAGCACGGAUUUUUUUAUCUUUCGAGCGAGAAAAAAAUGCAAACAAUUUUCAUCUGGAAGCGGUGAAAAUCGUUGCCAUAGGAACCACGUUCCAGGUGAUUUGGAUGGAAUAAGCGUGUUUAGUUUGUGCUGUUUACAUCACCUCGGUGGACGACCAGGAGCCGCCUUCCCCAGAACUAUCGCCGGUUUCAAGUCCGGCUCCACCUGCGCUUCCGGAAGCAGCUCAGCCCGAUUCGGUGCCGCCAUCAUCGGCAUUGCCAUCUGCGGCUCGUACCAAAUCACAAACCGCAAUCCCGUCGAUAGAUUUGGCCAUGUCCAUGAAAACCCAUUACUCGCUCAGGGAUUCGGAGGAAUCGCUGCAAAUCAAUGCGACACCGGCUAUUCCGUUCACCCACCGGGAUGCGGCCGGCUUCAACCGAAACCAGCAGGAACCGCACGACGAUAAGUCGUAUGAAAGCAACAACAGAAGCUGGUCCAAAUCUUGUGCUCGGAACUGGCCAGUCGCAUCCCAGCCGGUCGCACUUUUGGCAAUUUUCGGGCUUCUCUGGGGAGUGGCCUACUCGGUGCUUCCUGAGGGCCUGGUCGAUCCAAACUCGCCGCUCAUGAGGCUGUGGUUUCUGUUUGUUGGAGCGCAGACCAGCGGGAUUUUGGUUUCGCUGACCGGGCUUCCAGAUAUGCUGGGCAUGCUGUUCUGGGGCGUCCUGUACACCAAUCUUGGCUGGGCAGAAUUCGAAGGACUGCAACGGGUGGAGAUUUUUCUGAGGGAAAUGGCGCUAGUCAACAUUAUGCUGCUGGCCGGGAUCGGGCUGGACUACGACUCCCUGAAGAAGCUGUUCCGUUUCAUAAUGCAGUUAACCAUAAUUCCGACGGCAGCCGAAGUGGCCAGCAUCACGGUUCUGUCCCGGUAUCUGCUGGAUCUGCCCUGGCUUUGGGGGGUGCUACUCGGCCUGGUCGUGACGGCCAUCUCCCCGAACGUCGUGGUGACGGUCCUGCUGCGGCUCAAGGAGGAACGACUCGGCCUGAACAAAGGCAUUCACACGUUAAUCAUCGCCACGACAAGCUGUAAUGAUGUCCUAGCAAUUUUCCUAUUCGGUGUCAUUUUGGGCGUGAUAUUCUCGACCGGUAAUCUAACCAGUCAGAUCCUUCAGGGGCCAAUCGGUAUCGUAAUUGGUCUCGUCUUUGGCGGUGCCUGUGGCGUCGCGAUGCUCUACAUGCCAUCCUAUCAAGCGAAAUAUUCCAACGGAUUGCGUUUCUCGAUGACAAUCCUUGCCGGGACGCUCGCCGUCGUCGGAAGCAAACUGAUCGGGUACCCGUCGGCGGGAGCGCUCGGCUGCAUCACCACUGCAUUCGUUGCCUCGACCGGCUGGAAGAAGCGCCCCGACUACGACCGGAACGAAGUCGGCCCCUAUCUGGAUCUGCUCUGGAAGUUCCUGAAGCCGGUAUCCUUCUCGCUGAUCGGGAAGGAAGUCAACUUUUCCAAGCUGGAGGGCAGCGUGGUCCUGUACGGUGCCAUCACUCUGCUGGUGGCCGUUGCGUUUCGUUUGCUGUUCUCCUAUUUGUCGACGCUGGGCAGUGAUCUGAACUGGAAGGAGAAGGCCUACGUCACUCUGUCCGGCUUCCCGAAAGCAACGGUGCAGGCUGCUCUGGGCCCGGCAGCCUUGGAUUUGGCCCGCAGUCUCAACGCCGAAGACGCGUACCCGAGGGCCCAGACGGUUCUGAUCGUGACGGUGCUGGCCAUCAUUUUUACCGCUCCCCUCGGGGCGUUGCUGAUGAUAAAGUUGGCUCCCCGGUGGCUCAAACGGGCACCCACGCAGCAUAACGGUAUUUGACGGAAGGGAAAAAUUUACUCUCCUACACUUUGGAAAAUAAAACUGGUCCACUUAAAUCAGUGCUUAACGGGUAACCCAGUACUUUCUAUAUAAA